AUGUUGAAGAAAGAGCCCCAGCUGCCCGUGCGGCAGCUGGUUAUUCUCUCAAUAUGUCGCUUUGCAGAGCCUGUGGUCCUCACCUCUGUCCUCCCCUACCUACCCGAAAUGAUCGAAUCUGUCGGCGUUCCCAAGCAUGAGGUUGCCAAAUGGGUCGGGAUCACCUCAGCAGUGACCUCGUUCAGCCAAGCCGCCAUGGCCGUCACCUGGGGCACGGCCUCGGACCGCUUCGGCCGCAAGCCCAUCAUCCUGCUGGGGCUGACUUGCACGAUGCUCCUGUCGCUGGUAUUCGGGCUGUCCCGCAGUUUGACGUUUUUGGUGCUCUCGCGCGGCCUGCUGGGCCUGAUGAACGGCAACGUCGGCAUCAUCCGCACCAUGGUCGCCGAAAUGGUGCCUGAGAAGGCGCUGCAGCCGCGCGCCUUCAGCGUCAUGCCGCUCGUCUGGACAAUCGGGAGUAUCUUUGGGCCUGCGUUUGGAGGCGCGCUGGCCCGCCCCGCUGAGAAGCAUCCCGAGGUGUUUGGGGAUUCAGCCUUCCUGAAACGGUAUCCGUUCUUAUUGCCGAAUCUGGCGGCAGCGGCGUUUUUUGUUGUCGGGAUUACGGUUGGGGGCUUGUUUUUGGAGGAAACCCUGGCUGCAAAGAAGGAUCAACGGGAUUAUGGACUUGUGCUGGGUCAGGCGUUGACGCGGCCAUGUCGGAGUGCCAGAGCUGAUAAAAAGGCCAAAGCCCGAUCAAUCGCCACGGAGGAGGAACGGACGGCGCUGUUGGGUCAUCCGCGCAGCAACAACAAGCCACCCCGCAAACCCAGCUGGGGAGAGGUGUUCUCGCCGCAAUCGAACCUAAUUCUGCUGGCGUACUCGCUCAUGUCGAUGCACACCAUGGCGUUCGACUCAUUGUUCCCGGUAUUCCUGCACACGCCCGUGCAGGAGCUCGAAAACAACCCGGACGUGCAUCUGCCAUUCAAGUUCAUUGGCGGGUUUGGCGUGGAUUCCCAGACCAUCGGCAUCUACUACACCUUAAUCGGGAUCAUCGGCAUGAUCGUGCAGUUCCUCAUCUUCCCCGCAGCCGCCAAGCAGUACGGCGUCCUUAACUGCCUCAAGGUGGUCUCAAUCGUGUUCCCGGUGUUGUACCUGCUGACGCCGUUCACGGCCCUCGUGCCGGGCUCGCUGCGCCACGUGGUUGUGUUCCUGCUGAUGCUGGGCAAGCUCGCCGCCUCGAUCUUCGGGUUCCCGUGCACGACCAUCCUGCUCACCAACUCGGCGGCCCGGCUGAGUGUGCUGGGCACGCUGAACGGCGUGGGCACGAGCGUCAGCGCCAUCGGACGGGCGGUUGGCCCGGCGCUGACGGGCUCGGCGUUCUCGUUUGGCGUGCGACGCGGCUUCAUCAUCAUUCCAUGGUGGCUGUUGGCUGUGUUUGGGGCGGUCAGUGCCAUUCCGGUGUACUGCACGGAGGAGCCGGAGGGAUUCCAUGGGAAGGAGGAGGUGGAUGAGGAUGACGAAGAUGAAAAUGGGAACGUGGUAGAGGAGGAGAACGAGGCUGGGGGAUAUGGAGCGACUGAACAUGCCUCCAGGCGAGGAAGUCAGUAA